GAAGAGUAGUUGCUUUCACCUUUGAACUCCCGUCGCUCUGUGACGUAAGGCUGUGUGAAAAUGGCUGAAGUUGAUUUUGGGGAUAGUGAGCUCUUUCAGCAGCUUGAUGACUUCGCACCGCCGGCUCCGACGCACAUUCGCUUCACAGAUGAUGAGGAAGACCAGGAGGAGACGAGCCAGCUCCGGAGCAGACUGGAGGAGUAUGACGACUACGUUCAGAGACUCACUGAGGAGAAUAAAGGUUUGAGAAGAAAACAGAACAUCCUGACACGACCAAGCGGCAUCACAAUUGAAGAUGUCAAUAUCGACGGGCCAGUUCUUCAAAUCCUUUAUGCAAACAACGUUAUUUCAAAUGAACCAAAGACAAACAAGAAGAAUCACUUGUGCUUACGGGUUGGGCUGCAGCUUCUCAAGGUCUCCAUGUUGCAGCCGUUCGGUCACCUGUUGCACCUGCUGCUGCCUCAGUCUGUCUUUAUUAGAAUGAAAGGCUCAGUAAAUCACAAAAGUUCGUCAGACACAUACCUGCAUCUGGCGGCUAUCUUGAUAAGGCAGUGUCGUCAAGAAAUUGAAGAUUGCAUCUGCAGUGUGAUUUGGAAGCACCAGAAACUGGGCAAUGAAAAGAAACAAUCCCUUUUUCACAUGAAACCUCAGAAUUCAGCUUUUGCAAUGGAUGAAGAUCCGCAGAAGUCGUCUUCCAGUAGUGUAAGAACAACAACAGAAGCCUUUAAAGUGGUUGGUAGUGUUUUAUAUUUCACUACUUUCAGUGUUGAUAAACUUGGACAGCCUCUGGUGAAUGAAAACCCCCAGCUGACAGAUGGAUGGGAUGUUCCAACCUAUCACCAGGUUUUUAACCAAGUCAUUGGCACAGAUGGACAGGAAAUAGAAAUGAAAGACAAAAGACCCAAAUCUUUGUGUUUUAACUGCGGUUUGAGCGGUCAUCAGCUAAGAGACUGUCCCAAGCCUAAAGACAUGGCCGCAAUUAAUGAGAGAAGAAAGGAGUUUAAUCAGAACAGCAGCCAGGCCAUGCAGAGUAACCAGCGGUACCAUGCUGAUGAAGUGGAGGAGCGGUUUGCAAAAUACAAACCUGGAGUCAUGAGUGAGGAGCUGUUGACAGCGCUGGGAAUUGAUGGCAACACCAUCCCUCCUCUGAUUUAUCGCAUGAGGCAGCUAGGCUACCCACCAGGGUGGCUCAAAGAAGCAGAGAUGGAAAACUCUGGCUUAACAUUGUAUGAUGGAAAUGUUUCAAAUGAUGGUAACACAACAGACACCAAUUCGCAAAACAUCUCUUACGAUGUUUCCAAACUGGUAGAUUUCCCAGGCUUCAAUGUACCUGUACCACACAACAUGAAAGAUGAGUUCAUGCACUAUGGUUCUAUUCCAAUGCAAAGCAACCACAUGAAGCAAAACUAUGCAGCCUACCUGUCCAACAACUUCCCUAUGCCUGGUGCCACCUGCAACAAGAGACGGCAUGAAUCUGACUCAUCUCCACAGCUAAGGAAGAAGACAAGGUCCAGUCCUGAUCGGCACUCGGAUAGGAGUUCGGAUAUGGAUAUUGAAUCAGACCCAGGAACACCUUAUCAUACUCAUGGCCCAGGUGACUUCCAGUUCCAACCUCCGCUGCCCCCUGGCUCCCCUUGUUUCAGUUCACCUCCUCCUUUACCCCAAGGCACUCCUCCUGCUACACCCACCCCCCCACCUCUCCCUAAAGGUACACCUCCUCCCACACCCACAAACGGAUCUCCAGCUCUGCGAGGGCGUAACUGGGUAGUAGUUGAUGAGACUGUGGAGGGAACAGAGGAUGAGCUGACGCUGGAGGAGCUGGAGGAGCAGCAGAGGCUGAUUUGGGCAGCUCUAGAAAAUGCUGACACUGCCACUAAUAGUGACUGUGAGACACCUGCAAUGGGAACACCUGUACCCAGUUCACCAAGUGUGUCCACACCUGUGCAUGUCGACACAGAAACGGAGGAGGUUGAAGAAGCGAUGGAAACGACGAGACCUUCCGAAACUUGCCAUAGGAGUGAAAAUCAAAGGGAACCGGGGGUUCAAGAGAUUUGCUCUCAGAGCCCUGGACCGAUCAAAGUCCAAGACGACAGCCCUCAGAGUCCUGGUCCAGUCAAAGUCCAAGACGACAGCCCUCAGAGUCCUGGUCCAGUCAAAGUCCAAGACGACAGCCCGCAGAGUCCUGGUCCAGUCAAAGUCCAAGACGACAGCCCGCAGAGUCCUGGUCCAGUCAAAGUCCAAGACGACAGCCCGCAGAGUCCUGGUCCAGUCAAAGUCCAAGACGACAGCCCGCAGAGUCCUGGUCCAGUCAAAGUCCAAGACGACAAACCGCACAGUCCUGGUCCAGAUUUCUCUAAUGGCGGUGCUGGAGAUUGUGCUUCUCCUAAGCAUGGCGAGAAGAUAAUAGCUGUUCCUCAUCGGAGCAACUUUGCAGCUGGCAUCGUUCCAUUUGAAGAUACACCAGAAUUCACUGAAGUUGCUGAAGCCACAGGGACCUACCUUAGGAUCAGAGACUUGCUUAAAAGUUCCCCUCGAAAUUUGGCGAAGAAAAAAUAAAAUUUUACUAUCUUGAUUUGGAACACAAAGAUACAUGGACAUUUUUUAAGCAAAAAGUUAUAUUUUCAUUUUCAUGACCAUCCUAUCAAGCAUGUUUUUUAGCUGUUUAUUAUUUUGUACCAUGUUGAAUGUCUAUGCUGUAUAUGCAUUUGCUCUGUAAACAUACAAUGAGGGAGGGGCAUUGAGGGAUGCUGCAUCAGCAAUGAUUUGUAUGCUUUGACCAAUUAGUCAGUUUUUUGUAUCAGUAGUGUUACUCAUGCUGUUUAUUUUAUUGUAAAAUUUGUAAAAUGGUAAUUUCCUGACUUGUAUUCAUUUUAAUAUCAUGGUGUUUUCAUGGCUUUUUCUAUUUUUGUCCCACUUGAAUUGGUCUAAAAUCAUUAAGUAAACAUGCUUGUAUUUGCUUCACUGUUUUGUUUCGUUUGGCAGCCAAGGCUAGAUGUGGGUUUAAUUUUAUUUUUGCUGCAUGUUAACACCACAGAUGGCCAAUUAUGUGAGCUACCUGUAUAUUGUUAGCCAUCUGUAGCGGAGCUUAGUGAACAACCCCCUGACCCUCUGUUACUAUAAUCAGCUCACCUACUGAUUUUGAUGCACAUUGCAAAUGAAAUUGCAUAUAAUUGAAACUCUGCACUACAUCAAUUUGCAUUUUGUUUCAAUGACAUUGGUAAGCUUGGUCUAUAUGGUCUACAUUAUUUCUUUACUAUACCAUUCAACAAAUAGUAAAAAAGAAAUAAAGUUAAUUCUCCUCCUC